GUCAUAGACAGCAAGCACGCCUCACUCGCUCGAGGUUCGCGUGAUCGCCGUGCACUCCAACAGACCCUGCUAUAUGAUGCAAUGCGUAAAGCAUAACGAGCAACGUAAGUAGGCUAACAGGCCUUGCAAAGGAUUCACUCGGACAUAAACUUUAGUCUUUACACGGUUCGAGCCUAAACGAGUGAACGCAUAUGUAACGUAUGAUAUGCUGUAACAUCUGGGCGUCGCACCAAGCAACCGGCAUGGAGGCUGUGGCCGUCGCGGCUGCCUGCCAAGGGCGGGGGUCGUGUGGCAUGUAGAGUGCUGGCUAGUGCCCCAGCAGACCCGCCGGUCCCCCAGCCCUCAACGGGCGUGAGCUCUUCAUUCAAACCUUGAUAAGUUGGAGAUAGGUCUGCAGCUGCUAGCCGUGUAUUACAUUGUAGUUGCAGCAAGGAGGACAUAGCGCAUAGACGAUGAGGUGUUCGUGUUCGCCACCGCCAACCAGCGGUCGGCGCCCAGUUCUGAUGGCAAGUGCUAAAGGCCGCGGUCGGCGGGUCGUGCUGUGUCAGGAACAGGACAGGGCGGUUACGAACAGUGUGACGAGCGACGACCAGCAGGGCCGCAUCCUUGAAGUGCUGACCAGAUUGGAGGGAAAGCUGGAUGCACUGGUGCGACAGCAGGCCGAACUGGUGCGAGAGCAGGGCGCACUGGUGCGCGGGCAGGCCGCAGUGACGCGCGGGCAGGCCGCAAUCACGGAGCUGCGAGUCAUACAGAACCUUCCAGCCGGCCUUUGUGGGUGCAAGCGAGCGCGCAUUACGACGGCCGCCCAACUGGACAAGCUCCUCGGCCCAGGCACGGCCGCGGCGGUGGAACGUGAGUUGCUGGGCAGUGCCGAGCGCUGCUACCUGGCACUGCGCGCGCUGCUGUGGGCCGCGGCACGUGAGCUGGACCGCGUGUCCAAGCAAGCAUCGGCGAAGGAGGCUGCUGGGCAGGUGGCAACGGAAGUCGAAUCCCUCAAGGAGGAGCUGUUGAGCGCUGCUGCCGCGGAGUGCAACCCGGACCCCGACGUGGUGUGGGAUUUCCUGCAGCGGACCCAGGACGUGCUGGUUGCUGCCGGCGGGCUGAAGGAGACCCAGGACGAGGACUGCCGCCAGCAGGGCUUGUCGCAGCGGCUAAAUGCCGCCUUCGUGCUUGUGCGCCGUGUUGGUGAGUUGGGGGCUCGCGGUGCUAGUGGCCCGCGAGGGGAGGCAGCCCAACCCUAGGGUGCAGCCGUGUGGCGGUUUGCCGGAUGAGUCAGACUGCCAGGUACG